ACCGCCGUCAAGCGCACGUUGUUGCCCCUUUGUGAGCUGUUCCUUCGGCCCUGCUCGUUGCUCGAGAACGCCCGACGAUAGUGCUAACAGGAGCGCAACUGCAUCGUCCCCUGCCAAGCAACCGGCAAAACUGCCAUAAGAAACGCACUCAAGCCGGAGAUCACCAAGACUGCUCGCUGACCUCUAGCGCCUUCUCCAGUGUACUCUAGAGCCAGGAAACCCCAAUACUAAAUCAAUGGAGUCCAAAGACAAGAGCUCCCGGUCGGGCUCGCGGGCCAACCUGAACGAGUCGACACUGCCUCUCCUCGAGGACGUGGGCGGCGGCGACGUCAAGGCCGCGGACGAGGCCAAGGAGAAGAUUGAGCUCGAGCUCAAGGGCGGAGACUCGGGCUCCAAGGGCGAGGACUCGAACGCCGCCACGGCCGAGCCCGGCUCCGACGCCGGCGGCAAGGAGACCGGCGGCGAGUCGGACGCCGAGGCCGGCAAGAAGGACAAGAAGGGCAAGGACAAGAAGAAGGACAAGAAAGAGAAGAAGGAGAAGAAGGCCUCCUCGCACAAGCGGUCGCCGUCUUGCGUCGAGACGCUCACCAUCGGGCUCAACCUCCUGGACCGGGACGAGAAGCACGUCAACGACAGCAUCAACCUGGUGUUCGAGGACGUCCUGGCCGAGCCCGACGCGAGCCACGGCUUCGACGGCGCCUGGAAGCUCACCUACCUGGUGUUCUCGAGCACUCGCCUGUGGUGCUACCGGCUGCUGGCCGCCCUGCUGGCGCUGCCCUGCGGCCUCACCUGGGGCCUCCUCUUCUCCCUGCUCUCGCUCGUGCACGUGUGGCUGCUGACGCCCUCACUGCGCGUCCUGGACGUGUUCCUGCACGUCGUGCACAGGGUGUGGGGCGGUCUUGUGCGGACCCUGCUGGACCCUGUGUUCCAGUCGAUCGGAAAGGUGGCCGCCGACGUGCGCGUCACCCGAACGCAGGUCUACCCCAAGAACGACUUCGCCCACGAUCCGUGAGGCGGCGCCGCAGGCGCUUUUCCGGGGCUCCCGUCCUCUCCGCGGUCGAGCCAGCGGAUAUAAAUUUGAGGCGGUGCCGGAACAAAUUUUUCUCGCGGAGGCCAGCGGCGGAAGAGAAGCAAUCGGGGAAGGAGCAGCUCCGGAAUGGCGCGGUGGACCCACGCACCCCCUCGUGUGCCAUUUUUGGCGGUCGCGACGGGGCGAGAGGCCCACCCACCGAGCUUCGAUAACCUCUGACCCCAGCCGUCUCACAAUUAGCCCAACUACAACCCGUUACCCCACACCCAAUUUAGUUUUUUUUUUUACCUCUGUGUUUCGGUUGGCAGUUUGAACUCCGCACCACUAUCAGCCCGCCACACUGAUAGCUACGAAGCAGUAUCCUAAGAAACAAAGCAACAAACAACAAAGCGAAAAUCCGAGAGCAUUCGACUGAUGCUUAGUGUCGCAAUGACAGAGUCACCGCAUAUGGACCUUAAAAGACUGUAGGACUGGGUGUGCUGGUACACCGUGAUAAAUAGUGCAUAUCAGUGCAAAUGACAAGAGGAGACAGAAGACAGGGCACAAAGUGCUGAAAUAAAUGAAAAUAAAUUUUUCUAGGUCAGCGCUUUGAGUCCUCUCUUCUGUCCCAUCUAGUCAUUUGCGCUGAUGUGCACACUUAAUCACCUGCGGACCUUUAAUUGCUAAAGAGGCAUUUGUGACUUGGCGUUUCAACGCAACACGCUGGGAAUGUACUGAUGUAUUGUGCUGUACUCCAACUACGCCAAUGUAUAUUGCAGCGACGGCCUUAAAGAACUUAAAAGACCUUUUUCUUCUCAUGUGUGUCACGUCACAGAUUCCAGCGGCGUAACCUUGCAAGUCCGACCAUAGGCUCGACGUGUCACCGCAGCUCCGAAAAUAAAACGGUCCAGCUUUAUUGGAGCUUUCGUUCGGUUAAGCGCUACCUUUAAGCGUGACAACAGCGUAGACCUGUGCUGACGUGUGGUUCGUAUCGGGCCGCUCUCGGCGAUUUCGUAACCAACGUACCUAGUGAACGAUUGUUGUACCACGUAAUGGACCCCGUAAAACAGCACGUUGUACGUCAUUGUAUACUUGCUCACAGGAACACGAAGCUGCCAUCAAAAAAAUGCCUUUUUUGUGCCUUAUAAUAUAAUGCGCAUCAACCAAAACUCCACGGGAUGGUCGCCAUGUUUCAGAAUUGUCUUCUGUAGGUCAUUGCAGAGUUCACAGACUGAAGCAGCCAGAUAUCAUAAAAGUAGAUUGACAAGUACAACCAGAUUGUAGGCUUCCGUUAACAAGUUCUGGAUAGUUAGGCCUAGCGAGGGCACUAAGCCUAAAGCUUCGUUAUCGUUCUCCAUGACGACCCGCUGGGCACUUGAAAGACAGGCUUUCACGAGAAUAUUGAGUUUGGUGAAGUUCUCAGCACGUCAACCUUCAAAGUAGAUGUGCCAAAACGAAAACUUCUUUUAAGCGUAUAACCGGUCGUUCAACGCAUGCGCUCUCUGGAACUUCGCGACAAUCCCGCGGUGCUCGAGAAGAGAAAUACACAAAAAAAACAAAUAUUUUAUAUAUGUCUGUAUUCACGCCGUGACAGUAUUCUCUUCGCUUAGCCCAAUGUCCGUGUGUUUGCGGCGUGUGUCUGUGUGUGAAAGUUACUGUAUCUUUUUUUUCCACGUAAUGCGUCGUGUUUUUUUUAUUUUUCGCAUUUAAAAAAAAAAAGAAUACGAGAGUAUUUUAUAUACGCAGCUUUUCUCACUGAACUCAUUGUCAUAAGCAAGGCGGCAGCAGUUUGUGGUGUAUGCCACAACGCUUCUCUUGCAGGUCAUACGCGCUUCAUCGUAAGACUGUAUCGUGCAUGUUUUUUGUUUAUUUUUUUAUUGCUUUUAUUCGAGCGACAUACGUUUUCGUAACGCCAUAAGCUUGGCGAGUACAGAGAGGACUUUUUUUAUACGAACAAACUUUUGUAAUUUUUUAUGUGUCAUCGUUUCUUCUAUCUCAUCGAGCGCGCAUCCUUCUUCAUCGCAAUGUGGGUCCACCGACACGAGGCUUGAGUCGUGCAUCCAGCUGAUUGUAAUAGCAUCACAAGUAUUUUCUACGAUGUCUGGAACAGAGCAGGGUAAUAGCUCUGUGGUCCGAAAGUGCCGAAGUUUUGUAACCACGCUUCUCCCCUCCUUUUCUUUUGUGCAAGAAAUUAAAAAAAAAGUAAUAAAGUAUCUUUUAU